UUCAUUAGCACACUCAACAAAUGGAAUUUUUAGGCUCUGGCUCUGAUGCAGUACGCAUUGCUCAAGCCCAGAGGCGACAAGUCUAUGAUGAAAACUCCGAGUACAAAUCGAAGAACCUUCAUGCGGAGAGACGCCGGAGGCAAAAACUCAGUGACAGACUGUUGGCUCUGCGUUCAAUAGUCCCCAUAAUUACAAAUGCAAAUACCCCAUUACCCAUUGAAAUUUUUUUAACACUUGUCAGAUUAUAUUUUAUUGUUUCUCUAAUAACUAUUUCUUGGUUUGAUUAGAUGAAUAAAGCAACCAUAAUUGAGGACGCCAUUACCUACAUCCUGAUGCUGCAGAGGAAUGUCAAUGCUCUUAGCGAGCAGCUUCUUGAAAGGGACUCAUUAUUCGUGGAAGAGAAUGAGCAGUCAACAAGGGAUGAGAUUGAUGCUUCGGAGCAGAUGAAAAACUAUGGAAUAAAGGAAGAUGUUAAGGUGACUGAUAUUGAUGGGAAAAGACUUUGGAUAAGGAUUGUGUUUGAGAAGAAAAGAGGUGCAAUCACUAAAUUUCUGGAGGCCUUGACUUCGGUUGGCUUUGAACUCACAGACGCCAAUGUUACUACCUCCAAAGGAGCCAUUCUUGUUUCAUCGUGUGUCGAGGGGAUUUAUGGAGAUGUACCUGUGGUGGAGCAAACCAAAAAGUUGCUUCAAGAUAUAAUUAGAAACAUGUAAAGACUGUGGUGGAGCAUGUAAUGUAUGGUUGAUAAAACUCUAAAGCUGUGAGAAUAUA